GGGCGACCAGGCUCCCCGAGGCACGUGUCUUGUAUAAAAACGGAAGGUGGGACUGUAGACUGCGCACACAGACUCCUGAAGCAUCAGCGUUGAGGUAACUCCACACCCCCUAAACAGCAGCCAUGUCAGACCUCUGUGUUGGAAUCAAUGGUUUCGGUCGUAUUGGCCGUCUGGUCCUGAGGGCUUGCCUUCAGAAGGGCAUCAAGGUCGUGGCCAUCAAUGACCCCUUCAUUGACUUGCAGUACAUGGUCUACAUGUUCAAGUAUGACUCCACCCACGGCCGUUACAAUGGUGAGGUCUCCCACGAGGAUGGCAAGCUCAUCGUUGACGGCAAUGCCAUCUCCGUCUUCCAGUGCAUGAAGCCAGCAGAGAUCCCCUGGGGCAGUGCUGGAGCCAAGUACGUUGUCGAGUCCACUGGAGUUUUCCUCAGUGUGGAGAAGGCCUCCUCUCACAUCCAGGGUGGAGCUCAGCGUGUGGUUGUGUCCGCCCCCUCACCUGAUGCUCCAAUGUUUGUCAUGGGAGUCAAUGAGGACAAAUACGACCCCUCCUCCAUGACCAUUGUCAGCAAUGCCUCCUGCACCACCAACUGCCUGGCCCCCCUGGCCAAAGUCAUCCAUGAUAACUUUGGCAUUGAGGAAGCUCUUAUGACCACAGUCCAUGCAUACACAGCCACCCAGAAGACAGUGGAUGGUCCAAGCGCUAAGGCCUGGCGUGAUGGCCGCGGUGCCCACCAGAACAUCAUUCCAGCAUCCACUGGUGCCGCCAAGGCAGUGGGCAAAGUCAUCCCUGAACUCAACGGUAAGCUGACAGGCAUGGCCUUCAGGGUGCCAGUGGCUGAUGUGUCAGUGGUUGACCUGACAUGCCGUCUCUCCAAGUCUGCAUCUUACGCUGAGAUUAAGGAAGCAGUCAAGAAGGCCGCACACGGGCCCAUGAAGGGAGUGCUGGGUUACACUGAGGACCAGGUCGUGUCCUCCGACUUCAUUGGUGACACCCACUCCUCUAUCUUCGAUGCUGGCGCUGGCAUCUCCCUCAACGACAACUUCGUCAAGCUCAUCUCUUGGUAUGACAAUGAGUUUGGUUACAGCCACCGCGUCGCUGACCUGCUGAUGUACAUGCACACCAAGGAGUAGACACUUCCUGUCCAGAAAGGAAGUCAGAAAGGGACCACCCCAGCCAUCCUCCCACCCCUCUCUUCUCUUUUACACACAAGUCCCACCCAUAGCCAGUCAUAGCAUCACAGCCCUUAGCUCUUCUACAAUAUAUGUAGGCAGUGGCAACAGUGCGUUUGAGUGUUCUGUUUUUUUCCUUUAAUGACAAGACGAUUGGUCGGUGACAGUAUUUGUGUCCGUGUGCCCCUCUCCACCUCCCACUGCCACUUUAGAUGUGUCGUUAUGGCUCAGUACUAUGGUAACUACUGUAUCCAUCUCCUUGUUGGUGUCUUUUCAAGGCUUAAUCACCAGUGGAAGGAGGAAGCUGAGAGGCAGAGCUACUGUAACUCCGCUUAAGAGUGAUGAGACAAAGAAAUAAAACUUGAAAAACCUCAA